CUGCCGGGCGGGCUGCCCUCCGCGCGGGAGACGAGGGAUUUCACAACCCAGCCCAGGCAGGAUUAAAGAGAGAUACACAAUCCAACUGCCCCUGUCAGAGGAAAGGAGUUGCUUCCUGUUGUUCCCAUUGAAAUACUUGUCCCGGUCGUUAGCCGGCAGCCUUCUGCGGGAUGGCACCGCGCGCGCCGACGGGCUCCGGCCGCCUCUCCGGCGGGCUGCUGCUGCUCUGGGCCGUGCUGGGGCGCGGGCUGUGCCCCGCGGGCGCCGAGGCGGAGGGCUUUGGCCAGGACGCCAGGACCAGCCCGCCCGCGGCCACCUUCAACUGGACGGCGCAGCUCGUGGAGGAGAUGUACGUCAACAUAACGCAGAAGUGCUGGGAGUUCUUCGUGGAGCUCAUGGGCAACGUGACCGCGCCGCAGCUCUGCGACUGGAAGGUCAUCAGCAGGCCCUACAGCUUGCUGCAGGCCUGCCUGGAGGGCUGGGCUGACCGCCUGCGCUACGGCUACCCCAACGCGCUGGCCGAGCAGUACAUCUUCCAGAGCCACCACCACUACUUCCACAACUGCACGCUGCCGCACCAGGUCUUCGACCCCCCCGAGGACGUGCUGCUGGCCAUGAUCGUCGCCCCCAUCUGCCUCAUCCCCUUCCUCGUCACCCUGGUCAUCUGGCGCAGCAAGGACGGCAAGGCGCAGCCCUGAGCGCCGCCGGCCCGGCCCCCGCGGCCCUCGGCGCUGGACGGAGACGGGCUGCGCGGCCCCGACGCGCGGGCGCAGGCCGUGCUGGCCGGCCAAGACCCGCCGCCCCGCGGAGGGGCCUUGCCGCGGCCCCGGCUUCGGCGCCCUGCCGGAGCGCGCUGCAGCCGCCGGCCCCCGUCGAGCAGCCGGAGAUUAAAGAGCUUCUUCCCCCAGCUUCCA